AUGAACUUCCAAUCGCGUGUAUCCACAGCCACCGUGCACGAACUCCUCUUCGCUGACGACUGCGCCCUGAACACCGCCUUGGAAGAGGAGAUGCAACGGAGCAUGGACCUAUUCUCCGCCACCUGCGAGAACUUUGGGCUGGUCAUUAACACGCAGAAGACGGUGGUGAUGCACCAACCGCCGCCCAACUCAGCCACAGCCACCAACGCGCCGCCGCAAAUCAGCGUGAACGGAACCCAACUGCAAGUGGUGGAGAACUUCCCGUACCUGGGCAGUACCCUCUCCCGGAACACCAAGAUCGACGACGAAGUCGCCAACAGGAUCUCGAACGCCAGUCAAGCCUUCGGUCGUCUCCGUAGCACGGUUUGGAAUCGUCAUGGUCUCCAACUGAGCACGAAGCUGAAGAUGUACAAGGCCGUCAUCCUGCCGACGUUACUGUACGGAGCAGAGACAUGGACGGUGUACACGAGACAGGCACGUCGACAGAACCACUUCCACCUCAGUUGUCUCCGUUGCAUCCUGAGGCUGAACUGGCAGGAUCGAAUCCCCGACACGGAAGUACUGGAACGAACGGGAAUCCCCAGCAUCUACGUCAUACUGAAACAAAUGCAGCUGCGCUGGAGCGGCCACCUGGUGCGCAUGGACGACGAGCGACUACCCAAACGACUCUUCUACGGAUUCGUCGCGACGGGUUCUCGCCGUCAAGGAGGCCAGAUUCGCCGUUACAAGGAUACCCUGAAGUCCUCCCUGAAGCGCCUGCAAAUCAACCCGACCAACUGGGAAGAGCUCGCUCACGAUCGUCCAACAUGGAGGAGAACAGUGAAGACGGGCGCUGCUAUCUAUGAAGCCAACCGAAUCGCCGCCGCCGAAGCGAAACGCGAAGCCCGCAAAUCAUAA